UUCGUUUUACGCACUGAUAAGAAACCAUCGUCAUCUGUUUCCAUCCGCAUAUUCUAAACAACAACAGUCACGAGUUUCGACGGUUCCGAUCGUUCUAAUUCUGUUCGCGUUCGAAAUAAUAUCCGGUUUUAUUCGCGUUUUCUCGUCCUUGAAGUGCUUCUCGGCAAGCUAAAAUGAUGAACGAAGAGUUGGACGACAACGAGUUCUUCCAGCAGGAUUUCACCACCGCUUCGGAGUGGGAGAUUUUCAACGCCCGGCUGGAGGAAAUCUUCCACGAGUGGAAACUCUCCUACGGAGGAGCGUUGGGAAGCCAGGAACCACUGGGGCGGAAUCAGCUGUCGCUUUGCGAGUGGACCAUAGCAAAGGAGAAGAUAAAAUUUGCCGACGUUGAGCUGGAUGUCGUUUGGGUCAAGGCCGAUGUCCCUGAGGAGGACACGGCUGUUAAGGAAGAGGAUUCCGUCGAUUGCCAAGCGUUUGUCGAUUUGAUGGCCAAUGGCAACGAUUACUGCAUCGUGGAUCAAAUGGGAGAUGGAAAGUUGCACCCGUUGGCCCAGUGGUACGGAUUGAGGGAAUUUGUCGUGGUGGUCCCGGUGAAGAAGUCCAUCACCAACGAGAGCCAGAUUCGGAUCCUUAUGAGUUCGAUCCACAUUGCGGUGUCGGAAAGUAGCUGUGAUGUUCCGGUGUUUGUCCAGGUGUUGGACAAGGUCCAGAACGUGUUUCUGGGGGUUUGUGAAUCCGGGUCGACGCGACUUUCGUUCGACAUCGUGCACUUGAAUGUUACGCCGCCGACUUGCAAGUAUCUUUCGGGAUUGCUCGACGUUUUCAAGGGAAAGGUCGGAGUUCCCUAUAUGGAUCCGGUCGCGGUUUCCGUUCGGUUUUCAUACUCAUUGUCUAAGUUUUUGAGUGCUUCUUAUGUGGUGCCCAAGAAAGUUCCUUUCUCCAACAACGGCGGUGAAGAACACGUGGAUGAUAAGAACAUUUUCCUCCCUUUCGGAUUGGCUAUCGAUCCGGUUUCGGAGUUGGUUCUACACUGCACCUGGCCACACGUUGCCGACAAUGUCGUAAUUGACUCUCAAACUUAUUCGGACUUUGAUCCGCUAACGGCUCCGGCCUGGAGCCUGAGGGCUCGCUACGAAGACACUCCGGUUUGCUUCAUGUCCGACUGCAUUCAGGAGUUCUUGCAAAUUUCGGAAUCGCGCCGAGCCAUCACGGAAUACUUCCCGGAGCUUGCCUUCGGAGCUACGCAGAACUUGGAAGGCACCAAAGCUCUGGAACGGUUGACCGAGUCCAAGAUUCCAACGUUGGCUUCCGUACUUCCGGGAAUGGCAUCCGCCGGAACAAAACAAGAUCAUAUCAAACUAGAAGGCCCAUUAAACGAUGAUCUGCUGAAAGACAUGCUGUACUAUUUGUUCCCCGAUGCGCAGAAGGAUGCCCUUCACGAGUACCAGAUCCCUGGGCAGGUGGAGUUUGAUCCGCUGAAGAUAAAAUCUGCCCAUCCGGAUUCGCUUGUACAUCGGCUGGGGACGUUGAUGGCAGUUUGUAAUUCCUAUUACGGUGGGAAACGGGCGGUGGCCCAACUGUGGGCGGAGUUUUCUCAGGAGAUGCGGUACCGAGUGGAGCGUUGCAUUCAAAUACCAGGGUAAGUUGUCGCCCUUCGUACUGGAAAAAAUAUGCAACCUGAAACCCUCUGGAUCCGAUUGAAGCUUUACCCCAAUACCAGUACUAUGGGCAACAAACCCCUACCAAUCCUCUACGGCCCAGCUUCAGUCUCGCGUUGACAGACAGUCACGAUCAUUGUCAUAAUCGAUGGUCCCUUUAGCAUCUAAUUGAACCUCCCAUUGUAAUAGGCUCAACUCAAGUGGACCGAAAAGUAAUGUGUGCCCAACAACCUGUGCUCCAGUUUUGACUAAGUCGCUACCUGAGUAGGAUUGGGGAUCAGAUAGUUCACAAUAAGCUCUUAAAUGAUCUCAAUAAAAUAGAUAAUUGCAGGUUUUAUUGUGAAAGUUUUAC